AUGUCGCAGCCGGACGGAUCGAGCAGCAAGAAGACUCUCCACGUCGCGUACUUGGGCCCCGAAGCUUCCUUCUCCCACCAAGCAGCCCUCGAAGUCUUUCCACCAACAACAGAUCGAACAGUCGCUCUACAUCCCCUGCCGUCCUUUUCAGCGAUCUUUUCCGGCAUUCAAAACUCGUCAGGGGCAGCAGCGGACGGAAUAGGCUCAGAAUCAGAAUUAGAAUCACAGUCUUUAGCCUCACCACCCGAGGAUUCAAUACAUUAUGACUACGCUCUCGUCCCCAUUGAGAACAGCACCAACGGCUCCGUCGUGCAAGUCCUCGACCUGAUCGCACAGUGCGGCCCCGUCGCGCCCGCGCUGUACCCCGACCUAGAAGUCUGCGCCGAGUACUAUCUCCCUGUGCAUCACUGCUUGUUUGUCUCACCCCGGUCUGCUUCUUCCUCUUCUUUCUCAACUUCAAUAUCCGCGCCGCGCACCUCGACUCAGGAAAGCACCACCACCGCCACCGCAAGCCACGAUGGAGAUCAACCACAACUAACACGGGCGAUCCGCACGCUAUACACCCACCCGCAAGUGUGGGGCCAAUGCGCGCGCUUUCUGGCCACGCACUUCUCGCCCAAGGACGUCGAGCGGAUUGAUGUAGGGAGCACGUCGGCGGCCGCCCAGCUCGUGGCUCGUGACGCCUACUCGGCCACCACGUCCACGUCCGGUGGGCUCAACGCCGCGAUCGCCUCGAAGCUGGCGGGCGAGAGGCACGCCCUGGUGUGUCUGGCGGAGAACAUCGAGGACGAGCCGGGGCGGAACACGACGCGGUUCGUCGUCGUGCGGAACAGGCGGCGUGCGCGCCAGCCGUCACCUUCUAGAGACAACGAUAUCAUCGACUUCGAGACCGUGGGGCAGAAAGAGGGCCAAAGCCAGACGCAGCCGCAGACGCACUCGCCUAGACGGCAUAAAUCGCUGAUUACGUUCACCAUCCCGCAUACCAAGCCGGGCGCGUUGGCCGAUGCGCUGGCCGUGUUCAAGAACUGCGGAUUCAAUCUCACGAGCAUCGACACGCGGCCCUCGCGGAGACGGAACUGGCAGUAUGUGUUUUUCGUGGAGUGCGAGGAUGCGGACGCGUCCGUCCCCUCAGCAGGUACAGAGGGAGAGGGUAAAGUCAUGGAGAUGCUGGACGAGUUGAACAAGUUUACAGAGAGCUUGCGGUAUCUAGGGAGAUUCGUAGAUCGUUUACCCGAGCAAGAUGACGGCUGA